AUGCCGAAACGUCUUGAUGGGUUUCAUAUUAUGAUUGUGUCUAAGAACUCUGAUCAAAUACACGACUUUUUUACACUUGAGACUGUUUGUCGAAAAUUUAUGGAAAACAUCACAAAGUUUCAUUUCAACCCGAUUCCUCUUACACCAAAAACACUGAAGUAUUUUCCACGAAUAGAAACUCUCAACAUAUGGUCAAAAGAUGAAGAAGCCUUUAUGAAUAAAGUUUGGGACGACUCUCUUGUGACCCCCAAUAUUUCCAAAGUGAAUUUCUUCCGCGUGGUGAUCUGGUACGAAGUCUAUUACAAAACGUCCGUUAUAAAGAAGUCUUCGAAUUUUGUUUUCAAGAACAUUGUUUAUGGGGAGGGUGACCGCUUGAAAUACGGCGAUGUUGUUUCAUUUGGAGUUGCAACUGUUGGAGAAGACGUGUUAAAUGGGCAUGUUACACUCAAUAACAUCAAAAUCCAUAAAAUGUUUUAA